AUGGCUUACAUUCCUCCACACAAGCGUCACUCAUACGAAGCUGCUAGUAGUAGUGAAUCUAGUGAUAUGCAUAAUAGACCCUCACCAAUCCCACAAUCCCUUAUUCCUCAAUUCAGAAGAAAUCUUAAUUUGAGGUUGCCACACAAAACCUUUUCACAAAGAAGUGGAAAGAUUGUUUAUAAUUAUGCAGAGCAGGCUAUUUCCACAUGGUUUCCUGUUGGUUUGGAUCACAAUCACCAGUUUCCAUCUUCUGUACAUGUUACCCCAGUUCCCUUGCAACUUUUUGGGAGAACAACAGGAACAAAUCCACUAGUUUUGUUCAAUAACAACAACAAUCAUCCAGUUGAGCAAGUGAGGAGUCCAUGGGUGUAUAUAGCAGAAAAUGUUGUGUCAGACUUGCUUUCUUCUUUCGAGAAUGUCAGGAAUGAAAAGUUGGACUUGGAAGACGUCAAGCCAAAGUUGGUUGCUAGAUUCGGAAAGAUUCUUUUUCAUGAGUAA